CACUCGCACUCUCCUCGUUGUCUUGUCGGACACGCUUUUGGCACUUCUUUUUCGGCAAGACGACAAUUAAAAAGUCGACAAGUUAAUUAAUUAUAGUUGACACACCCACAGCCCCCAUCGCACUGUCCGACUUGUGUGGUUUGUCCAAGUCGAAACUCGGCGUAUAAUUUGCUCAGUUCUAUUUUUUCUUUGUCGUUCACAUAUUCGUGUGCGAUCCACCCACUCAUUCACUCCCACUCGUCAGGAUGGCCAGCCGAAGACCCCGUUUGGACGUGGCGGAGACGAAUUUGGCUAAGAAACCCAAAUUGGCAGAGUUUACCACCCCGGCUCUUGGGGCAAGUGUUGGUGUGGCGGUGAAACCUGAUGUACAACUCAACCCACACACCGGGAUGAUGUUCACCCCACGAUAUUUUGAACUUCUCAAAAAACGGACCCAACUUCCGGUCUGGGAGUACAAGGAUAAGUUCAUGGAGUUAAUCCACAAGCAUCAAAUUAUCGUACUCGUGGGUGAAACUGGAUCUGGCAAGACGACACAGAUUCCACAGUGGUGUGUCGACUACGCCAAGGCGGUUGGAAAGAGGGGCGUUUCUUGUACUCAGCCGAGGCGAGUGGCCGCCAUGUCGGUGGCGCAACGUGUCUCGGAAGAGAUGGACGUCUGUCUGGGUCAAGAGGUCGGGUACAGUAUUCGAUUCGAAGAUUGUUCAUGCUCGAAGACGGUGUUAAAAUACAUGACGGACGGUAUGUUACUCCGGGAAGGAAUGUCAGAACCCAUGAUGGAGCAAUAUCAGGUCAUCUUGUUGGACGAGGCUCACGAAAGGACACUGGCGACAGAUAUUCUGAUGGGCGUGCUAAAGGAAGUUAUCAAACAGAGAAGCGAUUUGAAAUUGGUCGUCAUGUCGGCCACAUUGGACGCUGGAAAGUUUCAGCAAUACUUUGACAACGCGCCACUCAUGAAUGUGCCCGGGAGAACACAUCCCGUCGAAAUCUUUUACACUCCGGAGCCAGAGCGAGAUUAUCUUGAGGCCGCGAUCCGGACUGUUAUUCAGAUUCACAUGUGUGAAGAAACGGAGGGCGACGUUCUCCUCUUUCUCACCGGACAAGAAGAAAUUGAAGAGGCUUGCAAACGGAUUAAACGUGAAGUGGAUAAUCUCGGACCGGAAAUUGGCGACUUGAAAUGUAUACCGUUGUAUUCCACGCUACCUCCAAAUCUACAACAGAGAAUUUUUGAACAAGCUCCGCCACGGAAGGCGAAUGGUGCCAUUGGUCGAAAGGUGGUAGUGUCAACCAAUAUUGCCGAGACUUCGUUAACCAUUGACGGUGUCGUUUUUGUGAUUGAUCCUGGAUUUGCAAAACAGAAAGUGUAUAAUCCCCGAAUUCGGGUGGAAUCUCUACUUGUGUCGCCAAUUAGUAAGGCAUCUGCACAACAACGAGCUGGACGGGCUGGGCGUACUCGGCCAGGAAAGUGUUUCAGACUGUACACCGAGAAAGCGUUCAAGAAUGAAAUGCAAGAAAACACAUACCCCGAAAUUUUGAGAUCAAACUUAGGAUCUGUCGUUUUAAACUUAAAGAAAGUUGGAAUUGAUGACCUCGUGCAUUUUGACUUUAUGGAUCCCCCAGCACCCGAGACGCUCAUGAGGGCAUUGGAACUAUUAAACUAUUUAGCAGCUCUGGACGAUGAUGGAAAUCUGACCGAGCUGGGCGCCAUGAUGGCUGAGUUCCCAUUGGAUCCCCAACUCUCGAAGAUGUUAAUUGCAUCUACCGAGUUUGACUGUUCGAAUGAAAUAUUGUCCAUCACGGCCAUGUUAUCAGUUCCACAAUGCUUUGUUCGGCCAAACGAUACUAAAAAGGCUGCUGACGACGCAAAGUUACGUUUCGCUCACAUUGACGGGGAUCACUUGACCCUUCUCAACGUUUUCCACGCCUUCAAGCAAAAUCAUGAAGACCCACAAUGGUGUUAUGAAAACUUUAUCAAUUACCGCAGUUUGAAAUCUGCCGACAACGUAAGACAACAACUCUCCCGAAUCAUGGACAGGUUCAACUUGAAGCGUACUUCGACCGAAUUUACAUCACGAGAGUAUUACGUCAAUAUACGAAAAGCACAAGUGGCUGGAUUCUUUAUGCAAGUCGCCCAUUUAGAAAGGAAUGGCACAUAUUUGACGAUAAAAGACAACCAAACAGUCCAACUGCACCCAUCUACAUGUCUCGACCACAAACCAGACUGGGUCGUUUACAAUGAGUUUGUCCUAACUACCAAAAACUACAUUCGCACCGUUACGGAUGUCAAGGCCGACUGGCUGCUGCAAAUCGCUCCUCAAUACUACGACCUUGCCAACUUUCCCCAGUGUGAGGCACGCCGUCAAUUAGAACUUAUCCAGACAAAAUUGGAAUCAAAACAAUUUCAAACCAAAUUUUGAUUAUGUGAAGAUUAAUUUUACACCAAUUUUUACACAUUAUACACGGUGAUCAUUAUCAUCACAUUGUUCGUAGUAUGUAAGUCUCUUCCCUCUCUUCCAAUGUAAACUUAUUAGGUAGUUAAGUAAUUAGUUAAUUUGACAAUUUAUGCGACAAUUUAUGAGAAAAAGCAUCACAUUUUUUGUUAUUUUUACUGUUACAAGAACAGUUCAUACUGCUGACAACUGUUGUUAAAUCAGGAAUAUUUCUUUAUUGCUCUUUUUAUUAUUCUGUACUACCAAAAUAUGCUGCCUCCUUUAUUUCCGGGUAUGUAAUAUACAAACAGUUGUGUAAUAAAAUGCAUACAUUUAUUUAAUGAGAA